AUGACCAUCGAGAGAUCCGAUGAAGCGGCGGGUAUCAAAGCCCCGACAUACGUGGAAUUGGUCAAGCAGGUGGCUUUACUCACAGAACAGAAUGCACAGUCGUCGGCGUUGCAGGCUGAGGUUGAUUCCCUACGGCAGGUGAUAGCCGCCAAAAAUGUAUCCGAGCCGGUUGAAAAGCACGUGACCGUAACGGCUACUCCGACGAUGCGUCCCGAGUAUCGAGUAGUUCCCGACCUGAGUCGGGCGAUGACGUCGUUCUCCGGGAAUGAGACUCCUCGCGAGGCGGACGAUUGGUUGGAGGAAAUCGUAGGUAUGACGACUCUAAAUCGUUGGCCAUUCGAAUACGUGCUGCAGUACGUCCGAAUGCACUUGACCGGUCCGGCGAAAGAUUGGUUUUCGGGCCGUGAGUUUGCUGACUGGCGUAUGUUCGAACAGAAAUUCAGGUCAGUUUUCGUGCGUGAUGCGUGUGCGGCCGACCGCGAGGACGAAAUGCGUGCUCGGACGCAAGGGCCGACCGAAUCUUUAAUCGCUUAUUUACAACCUAAACUCCGAAUGUGCAGGGGUAUAGGACAUUCAUUCGAAGUGUCCAAAGAUUAUGUUCUUCGCGGGCUGAGGUCUAAAGACAUGGCUUUGUACGCUGUUGGAAGGGUUCACGCAGGUGAGGAAGAACUGUUGAGUGACCUAUUGAAUUGGGAACGCAUGCGUGCGUUGCAUUCGCCCACGACCGCGUCGAAGUAUGCCGCCCCGAAGUUAGCGACGGCGACACCUGCCUGUCAGAUUCCUAAGAAGAAGACUGAUGAGUCCGGCAGAUGGAAGAAAGCUGAUAAGACGGCCGUGGUGUCGAGUGGGACCCGUGAGGACGCUUCCUCCGCCAGCUGUUGGGUAUGCAAGAAAACGGGUCAUGUGUCGCGUGACUGUCCUGACAGGUUGAAGCGGAAACUCGUGUGUUUCGGUUGCGGGGUUGAGGGACACAUACGACCCAACUGUCCAGAAAAGGACCAGACAAAUGUUGCCGAAACAAGACCAGUAUCAUUGAGUCAUCCUUAUAAGAAAGUUGGUCUAGUCAAUGGUAGAGAGGUGGAAGUAUUGUUGGAUACUGGAAGUCAUCACUCCCUCAUUAAGGCAAGUGUUGCUUUAAGGUGCGGUUUACAUGUAAGGCCCUCCUGUCGUCCACUCUACGGGAUUGGAAGUACAACGGUGCCGUCCGUAAAUGCGGUUGGAGAAAUUGAGGCCGAUGUUGUACUGGAUGGUGUCAAUCCAGGGAAGGUGUUGUUGCUAGUAGUACCUGAUGCUGUCCAGGCCCCAGAAGUAAUUGUUGGUCGAUCGUGGUUGGACCUGCCCUUGGUAGCCUACCAUAAGGCGCAUGGGCACCUGUACAUUUAUGCCGCGGAAUCAAGUAAUAGCAGUUCUCCGGUAGGGGUCACUAGUUAUGAUAAGGAAGCUGACUACCUACACGCUGUAGAGGUGAACUGUGAUCCGCCAGUUCGGCAGCCAUUAGAGUUGAGCGACUUUGAAUUUGUUAACACUGAGGUCGCGCCGGAAGAGCGAGGUAACCUUUUAGCUCUCGUAAAUGAGUUCCGGGAUUGUUUUGCUAAGAGCUUAGAUGAGCUCGGCUGUACGCCCAUGAUGAAGGUUGAUAUUAAGGAAGUACCGGGCAGUUUCCCCGUCGUCUGUCGGCCCUACAAGACAACCCAAGCUGACCGCGAAGAAAUACAUAAGAUUGUCUCAGACUGGAAGAGGUGUGGAGUGGUAAGCGAGACUACUUCGCCAUAUGCAAGUCCUGUGCUGUUAGUCAAACAGGCCGGUAAGAGCAGGUUGUGUGUGGACUAUCGCCGCCUUAACAAGCAAACCGUGUGUCAGCAUUAUCCUCUUCCUGACAUGAUGGAACAAUUGGAGUCGUUGGUUGACAGUAAGUUAUUCGCUCAGCUUGAUUUGGCAAGCGGGUACUUACAAAUUCCGCUGACUAAGGAGGCGUCCCAAAAGACAGCGUUUAUUACUGCGGAUACAACAGGUGAAUUCAACCGAAUGCCGUUUGGGCUGUCCGGAGCUGUUGCCGAAUUCACUCGACUUAUGCAGCGAGUGUUGGGUCCGUUGCGAGGUCUGUACGUUAGGAAUUACCUCGAUGACAUGGUCGUGGACGGAAAGGACUGGGCCGAAAUGCUGUUGAACCUGCGCGCUGUAUUGGGAAGAAUACGCGAAGCACAGCUGACUUUGAAUCCGUCAAAGUGCUCGUUUGGGGCAAAACGUAUCCAGUUCCUUGGUUUUAUUGUAGAAAAUGGUGAGAUUCGACCAGGCGCAGAGAAGGUAAGCGCGAUUGCAGAGUAUCCAGUCCCUAAGGAUCAGCAUGAGGUCCGAAGGUUUCUUGGCCUAACUGGAUUCUUCCGGCGGUUUGUUGAAAAAUAUGCUGUGGUUGCUGAGCCGUUAACGCGCCUAAUGCGAGGGAAACAGGAGUUCAAGUGGUCGGAAGAGCAGCAGACAGCUUUUGACUCACUACGCCGAGCAUUGACGGGUGACACUGAAGCUGAAGGGGAAUUGGAGGAGCCAGAGAGAGGACAACCGGAGACUGAGGACCAAGACCCGCCAGAUCCACAGAUACCUGAAGUACCUGAGACUGAGGACCAGGACCCGCCAGAUCCACAGAUACCUGAAGUACCUGAGACUGUGGGAAGACGCUCACAGCGAGUGAUACGUAGACCUGGCUGGUUGAGAGAUUACUCAUGGUAA